UUCUCCAAUCUGCCUACAAAGGAAGCAAGCAUGGAGGAACCUUCAAAUAAGCGUUUACGUGAUGUCAGUCAAAUUUUGUCUAUUCUGCAAAAACCUAGGAAGGAAGAAAGCAUGGCUGCAGGUUAUACAGAUGACAAGGUGACCCCUACAAAGCGGCCUAAAGUUUCAAAUGCUGCAGUUCUCGAACUCCCUGAAGAUGAUCAACCACCAAAAUCAUUAGUCCCACAUGAUCAAUCAACUGAAAAUGUGGAUGCUAGGGAAUCAAGAGAAAAUAUAGACCUUGACAAACCAUCUGAUACUAUGUCUUCCAAAGAAAUAUCCAGUUGCAGUGGCAGCCAAGUAGCUAAGGACAUGGAUAAUGGAAACUUCGACCAGCAGCUUUAUUCAGAAAACACGGAGGUUGAUGCAUGGUGUGAUGGAGCAAACGCUUCCAAUAUGCCAAGUUCCGCCCCUUCUUGUGGUCAUGCUAGUGAUAAAAAGAAUCUUUCUCAGGAACUCACUUGUGUGAAGGAAAUGGACGAAUACCCAAGUUUUGAUCUUGGAUUUUAAAUAGUGACAGCAUUAUUAACAUAGAAGCCUUGUUACGGCUCAAUGAUGCAGUGGAACACAAUCAAAAUAUUGUCACAUGAAAGGUUAAUACCG